CAAUUAUCGUUACAUUGCAUCAGAAAUCAAACAUCACACCUAUUAUCUCUCCUUCGAACUCGGUGCUUCUCUCCUUCACAGGUUCACUGUUACACUCCACUCCCUCCGUCUCCCACCUCCACCCUCCGCACUUCGGCCUUCCACCGGUGGCCUGCUCUCUCUCCCCCGACCUUCUCAACUAGUAAGUCUCUCAGGGUAGUGGAUUGUAAGCAUUUUAAGAAGAAGAAGAAGAAGAAGGAAAUAAUGCAAAUAGCCGUUAACACUUUCUUCUUCGGUUCUAAUCCUAAGAUAACAAGUUCCACUCAUCGAACAGUAAAUGCCCCGAAUCUCAAUUGCAGAAAGGCAUGCACCUCCUCCUCCUCCUCAAGUUAUCAUGAAGUAAGACUUGGAAAUUUUGCAGGAAAAUUAUACCCAAGGACAAGUCACAAAUGUUUUCCUUCCAUUUCUGCUGUGUUAUCAGGCGCCAAAGAUGUUGAGGUUUCUUCUUCUUCUUCUCAUUCUGAGUUGAAUGAUAUAUCAGUUACUACUGCUUCUGAUGAUACCGAGCCUGGAGAAUUAAAGAUAAGCAUAGAGGUUUCUGGUACCAAAACUCAAGAGAUUUUCGAUCAAGUUUUCGACAAGAUGGUUGCUCAAGCUCAGCCAAUCCCAGGCUUUAGAAGAGUUAAAGGAGGGAAGACACCUAAUAUACCGAAAGAUGUACUAUUGGAAGUCAUUGGACCUUCUAAAGUUUUCAAGCAAGUAAUCAAGAAAGUGAUCAACAUUAGUGUUAAUGAAUAUGUAGAGAAGGAAGGUUUAAAUGUUAGCAAGGAUUUGAGAGUUGAGCAAAGCUUUGAGUAUCUCGAAUCCAUGUUUAAGGAAGGUGAACAAUUCAACUUCGACGCAGUCUUACAGAUUCAAGAAAAUGGAGAGAGCUAGAGUAAGAUAUAGACAUUUUCAGUUUCAUACAAUACAGUUUAGUUGUAGUUGUAAUACAUAACAUUAUUUUGAUAUAGGGGAAGCUGAAUAUUCAUUCAUGAAGUUAGUUUUCAUCUCAUUUAUAAAUUUAGAACUCAUAACUCAUUUAGAGAGGGAAAAAAGAAAUAAUACUUGUAAACUUUUGAUUUUGAA